CACCUUUAGUCAUUUACCUUCUUGAAAAAUUAACAUCCCUUUUCCACAGUUGAUUUCUUCUAGAGUGAGAAAGAGAAACAAGAAGAGUGAGAAAGAUGAAGCAAAUUCCGGGAGACUACCUUGCAGAGCUCGAGGAGCAAAGUGCUGCAAUGGCGAUGGAUGUCGACGAUGUUGAUCCUCUUGAGGUUUUCGGCGAAAAUUUAAUGGCUCCUGACAAUUUCAAGCUUGCUGAUGCCGAUUUCUUCAACUUCUUCUCCGAUGAUUUUGAUGACACUGAUAUCAAUUGAUUGACUCACCGUCUUCCCCUACCUCGCUUUCUCUCUCCUAGGGUUUGUGUCAAUUUCUCUAAUGUUCGGAAUUGCUUUUACCAUGAACAAAUUUAGGGUUUUUGAUUUUGUUAUGUAAUGGAUUUCUGAGAAUUAUAUGGAAAUUUGAUGGAUUGAUGAAGAUAUUCCCUUAAUAUGAUUUGUUUCGUUUUCUCAUAGUAA